AUGGUUGAAAAUCAACUUCCAUCACCUCAAUUAACUCCACCUAUAACUCCAAAUGAAAAUGAAAUUCAAAAUAGGAGAAGAAGACUUAUUCGUAAUAAUAAUACAAUAGUAACAAGAAAUAAUCUUUCACAAGACGAGUAUUUUAUGGAUUUCGAACUUCAUGAUCACAUGACUACAACAAAAGAUGAUAGUAAUGAUGAAAGGACAAUAUGUUCUGAUGAAGAAGAGGAAGUUGGUGGCAAUAAAUUGGAUGAGGAAACAAUAUGUUCUGAUAAUGAAGAACUUAAUUAUGAUGAUGAUAUGGAAAGUUUUGAUCUAAAU